GACGCACCGGCUCCAUCAACCUCCCGGUGCCGUUAGGACGGAACCGACUCUCCCUUAAACUCACGGCACCGACAGAACCGCACCACCGACGGGACGCAGCGUAGAGGCGUCCAUUGAUCCAAUAAGUGAAGAUGAUUAAGCUCUUUUCCCUGAAGCAGCAGAAGAAAGACGAGGAGUCUGCGGGAGGAAACAGAACAGGAGCUGGGGGGAAGAAAGCCAGCGCGGCCCAGCUCCGAAUACAGAAAGACAUUAAUGAGUUGAAUCUUCCAAAAACGUGUGAGAUCAACUUCCCUGAUGAUGACGACCUGCUGAACUUCAGACUCAUCAUCUCACCAGACGAGGGCUUUUACAAAGGAGGAAAAUUUGUCUUCAGCUUUAAGGUAGGACAGGGUUACCCCCAUGACCCUCCCAAGGUGAAGUGUGAGACGAUGGUGUAUCACCCCAAUAUCGACCUGGAAGGAAACGUCUGCUUAAAUAUCUUAAGAGAGGACUGGAAGCCUGUGCUGACAGUAAACUCCAUCAUCUACGGUCUACAGUAUCUAUUUCUAGAGCCGAACCCCGAGGACCCGUUGAACAAGGAGGCAGCAGAAGUCCUUCAGACGAACCGGCGGCUCUUUGAGCAGAACGUCCACCGCUCUCUGAGGGGCGGCUACGUGGGCGCCACCUACUUCGAGAGGUGUCUUAAAUAACCUGGCGUCCCGCAAUUCUCAAAACCCCCUCACCUCGCCAUCCCCCCACCUCCUCGUAAACACUCCUGCCCCCCCAACCCUCUGCCUCCCGCCUCCUUCCUGCCGCUGCUCGUUGGCAGGAGCUGCAGCGACAGAAAGCUGUUUUUUUAAAACUAAAGAAGAAAUUCCCCCCCCCCCCCUCUCCCCCUCCUGGUCCUCCUCCCUUCAUCCACCCCUCCCAUAUUUCUGUUUUACUCACAAGAUACAACAGGAAACCGUUUACAUGCCACAGCGACACACAACACACACCAGAACUGGACUCAAAGUACCAGGGGGGACGUUGCUGGAUGACGACGAUGAUGUGAUUUUCUUUUAUCUGUAUUUUUGUUCCUCAGACACCUGCAUUACACAGGUAGUCAGAAGGCCCCCCCCCCCCCUUCAGAAGGAUACGCCCCCUCAAACUCCAUACUGAGUCAGGCUGGUUACCCUAGCAACCUGACAGCACCCGUAACAACCAUUGACUUGCAACAAGACUUCAGGCAGUUGCAAAACUGCUGUUUGCCGAAAAAUAAUCACCACAAAUAACCAACGUUUUCUUAGCGAGCAGCGACUCUGCAGAGGGGAAGGCAUUGGGGCGGAGCUAAGAGGUCCUGGUAAGAGCAGAUGAGCCACAAAGGGUCCCUCGGAAGGGAAGUUCCCUGUUGGUAACACGUGAGCUGCUCUUAGGCCGAGCUGUGAUCCGGGCGGGGCCUGUUACGAUAAGUUGGGCUCGCCUUAAAGAGUUUCUCAUGCUAAGAUGUCUACACAUUUUCAAAAAUGGCUGAAAGUAUAGUGAUGUCAGCGCUUGGGGUAGGCCAUAAUUAUAUCAGCGCUGAGGGGAGGAGGAGCCUUAUCAGUGGAGCUUGUGCGCCUUAAAUAGUUGAAGACCUUGAUAGUGUUCAGCCUGCGGUGAUGACACGGCGUCCCUGAAAGGGGAGGGGCUUGUAGGUUCCAAAGGGAGCAGAUGGACCUUUGAAUGACCCGUGCAGCCGGUCACAUGAUGCCAUUGAUUGGCUGACAUGUGGAGGUGAACUACAACUCAUCUGAGUUGGAGGUCGAUGCCAAAUCGCACAAAUAAAUGUGAACACACUUAGCGUCGGGGUGGGCGGGGCUGUGGCUCUGUUUAAAGGGGUGCAUGGGCGGGGCUUAUGAGAAGCGGCUUUUGGUUUUCAUUAGGGUGCGUUGUGGGCAGGGGCUUAAAAUGUUACAUUCUAUUGUGUAUAUUACAACCCCAGCUGUUCACACUGCAAUAUGAUUUAUGUUAAAUAAAAUAUAAACUUGAAUGAUCGUAA